AUUUCAACGCAAUACUCCAAAGAUUCUGAAAGCGCACUUCGCAGAAGCGCCGCAAGGGGCACUGCAGUAGUCAUUGUGUCAAAAUAAUAAUUGGAGGCUGCUUUUGUUUGCCAAGUGGUUGGAAAAAGUGGCAAAAUGCGUCGAAUUUUCAUAACAUAGGCGGAAAAUUGUGUGUGAAAGUGCAAAGAUGAGUUCUCUGAAGGUAAUUGUGGCCGUCCGCGUGCGUCCCUUCAAUCAAAGGGAGCUCGACAUGGGGGCCAGCUCGAUUGUCCAUAUGGACGGGAAAAAGACGCGGCUGGCGAAGCCGCGGAUGCCCGGAUCCAAUGGGGCGGCGCUGUGCAGGGAUGCCCUGUCAAAGGACAACUUCAACGAGUUCACGUUCGACUACUCGUACUGGUCCUUUGACCACCACGAUGACCACUACGUCUCACAAGAAGAGGUGUACGAAGAUUUGGGCACUGAUGUAAUUAACUGCGCAUUUCAAGGCUACAAUGCGUGUGUUUUUGCGUACGGCCAGACGGGAAGUGGCAAGACCUUCACAAUGAUGGGAAAUGCAGACAAUCUGGGCCUCAUCCCGAGGAUCUGCAAGUCCCUGUUUGCCAGAAUGAAGGUGGGCCAGGAGGCGGGCACGGGCUACAAGACACACGUGAGUUAUCUUGAGAUUUACAAUGAGCGAGUGAAGGAUCUGCUGGGAUCGAACUCAUCCACUCAUGGUUUGCGUGUGCGUGAGCACAAGACCACCGGGCCGUAUGUGGAGAAUCUCUCGCAGCAUCCCGUGAGUGAUUAUGAGGAGAUUAAGGAGUGCAUAACCAAAGGCAACAUCCUCCGCACGACAGCCAGCACCAAUAUGAAUGACACGAGCAGCAGAAGUCAUGCGAUCUUCACCAUCACCUUCGUUCAAGCGGGCUUCACUGAUGACAUGCCCAGCGAAACGGUGUCGAAGAUACACUUGGUGGAUCUGGCGGGCAGUGAGCGAGCGAAUGCUACGGGUGCCACUGGACAGAGACUGAAAGAGGGGGCGCACAUUAACAAAUCCCUGGUCACGCUGGGCAGUGUGAUAUCCGCACUGGCGGAGCAAACUAAUCCCACGAACAACAAGCGCAUCCUCUACAUUCCCUAUCGAGAUUCAGUCCUCACGUGGCUCCUGAAGGACUCUCUGGGUGGGAAUAGUAAGACCAUAAUGAUUGCCGCUAUUUCACCCGCCGAUUGCAAUUAUGGCGAGACACUGAGCACUCUCAGGUACGCCAACAGGGCUAAGAACAUCAUUAACAAGCCCACUGUCAACAUUGAUCCCAAUGUGAAGCUGAUCAGGGAGUUGCGAGAGGAGAUUAUGAAGUUGAGAGCCAUGCUGACGGUGGACAAUGUGGAGGAGUUGACGUCGAAGGUGCUGGAGGAUCUGCAGAAGAAGGAGGCGCAGGAGAAAGUCCUCACGGAGGAGUGGACAGAGAAGUGGCGAGAAGCUCAGACAAUUUUGCGGGAGCAAAAGUCUCUGGGAUUGCGAAAGUCUGGCUAUGGUGUGAUUCUGGACUCAGAGAUGCCGCAUUUGAUUGGCAUUCAUGAUGACAUCAGUACAGGUGUGACGCUGUAUAGUUUGAAAGAGGGCGAAACGAGCAUUGGCACAGAUGAGAAUGACAAUCCGCAGGAUAUUGUGCUGUCCGGUGUGGGAAUUCAACCUGAACAUUGUCGCAUAAUUCUCUCUGAUGGCAUUGCGACAAUAUGGCCAAAGUUGCCGGCACAGUGUUGGCUCAAUGCUAAUCUCAUUGAAGAGCCCACGAGAAUUUCACAGGGAGACAUUCUCCUCUUGGGCCGCACGAAUAUGUUUCGGUACAAUAAUCCCGCAGAGGCGGCGAAGCUGCGAAUGGACUUGAACAGAUCACGCCUGGAUCUUUCACGUCUCUCCCUCAUAGCGGCGUCCAGGGAGAAUCUCAACACCAGCUUCAUGAGUGACGAUGAGUCACCGUUUAGGCGUGAGAAGGUGUAUUGUCCGCAAGAGAUGGUGUGUCGAGAGGAUGUGGAGGUGCAGGAGGAGAAUCGCAAGAUACUGGAGACAAUAGGGAGUGCUCUGAAGCAAUUGAAUGCUGAGCGGAGUCAAAUGCAUCAUCAGCAUCGGAUGAAGGUGGCCAAGUUGUCGCGAGAACUGAAUGAGUUGGUGCAGCAGAAGAAGAGCCAAGAGGCAAUCUUCCUAUGCAGAGAACAAGAGUUAAAUGCUCGUCGAGAGAUGCUUUUGUGGGAGAAGAGCAAUGAAGAGGUUCAGAUGGAAAUUAUGAUUAGGCAAAAGUGCGCAUUGCAGGCGCAGCUCGAUUUGAAAAAGCGAGACUUUUUCGAAUAUGUAGCCAGAGAAUUGCAAGAGCUGUCUGAUUGUGGUAAAUUAGAUGAGCAUGACAUUAAGAUUUUAGAGGACAAUCCUCUGCCGGAGGACGCUAGCAAUCUACUUUUGAAUGCAACACGGAAUUUAGACAAUUCUGCGGCGCAAUUCCUCAAAGAAACUGUGAAAAGAAACAAAGACGAGAUUGACAAAAUGGAAAAAGCUUUAAUGGAGAAAGACCAAAUUCAAUGUGAAAGUGAUAAGAAAAUGAAGAUAUUAGAUGGAAAGCUGACUGACUUAGAUGCUGAGAAUCAGGAACUCUUACUCGAAAGAUCUCAUAUUGAUAUUGAUGCUCUCAAUUUGAAGAAACAGAGCAUGUCACUUAACUUGAAGAAGACUACAGAUGCUGAUGCCCAGACUGAUAUGCUCAAUGUUCCGGAGGAGCUGAAGACACUGGACACAUCGGAGACAUAUCACACAGCCACGUCAAAUUGCUCGAUUCCGUCGCAGCUCCUCUUCACGCCGGAGCCAGAAUCCAAUCCUUGCGAGCCAUGUUCUCGACAUGGGAUCAUGAGUGACAGUGGAGUGAGUGUUGAGACGAAUAAGACGCAUGACAAGUCACCCAAGGAGAUCAUCAUGAAGCAGUGCGAAGAGGAUCAAUUGUCGUGUCUCUCGUGUGAGAAUUCUAAUGGUUCAGACACGGGAAUUCAGUUGCAGAAGUUGCGAGAACAAAUUGCCUCGCAGAAGGCGCACAUCAUGAAAACUCUGGAGGCGGAUUGUAGUGACAAGCGUGAGCUGGAUGAGCUUAUAUUUCAUCUGCAAGAGCUUCAGAAGCAGAAGCAAUGUCUCAAGACAGAAUUGGAGUCAUCGAUUCAGCAGACAGAAGAGCACAAUGAUUUGCCAGAGAGUCUCAAUGGCAGUGACGAUUGUGCAAAUUCGUCAAAUAUUGCUCCGAUGGGAUUGUAUGAGAAUUCACUGUAUGGCGCAAAUACAAUUGGCCAGUCGCUCUCGUCGAUUGAAACGGCGUAUCAGCAGCAGCAGGAGAGCGAGAAUCAAGUCAGUAUCCCAAGUUUCAUCAUGCGUGGAGCUGGCAAGCAGACUCACUACGAAUAUGAGGUGAAAGUGUGUCUGCCAGACGGCCGAUGGACACUCUUGCGACGCUACAGUCGCUUCCGAGAGCUGCACAACAGCAUGAAGAAUCUCUAUGGGGAGAAGGUGAAGGAUAUUCCCUUUCCGCGACGCGAAUUGUUCGGCUCGAAGAGUGAGAAUGUGGCCAAAUCACGAAGGCGAUACUUGGAGGCAUACUUGCGACGACUCCUCGUGGUGUGCGCGAAGAUUCCUCAAUGUCCAAUCUACGAGGGUGUCGGCGGAUGUGGCGUUACCAAGCAGAGUCUCGUGGAGUUUUCCGCCUUCUUCAAGAAGGGACUCUUCGAGUCUGGCAAACACGGCACUGGCUGAUGGGCUGAGAUGUCAUUGCGACUAACGAUACCCCGCGAAAUUACUUCCUUAUCUCUAUUCAUAAUUAUUAUUGCGCAUUUUAUCAUUUUAUCCCUCACAUUUAUCACACUAUCAAGUAUUAUUUUUGAAUACGAAUUUAUCUUAGCGUGUAUCUCUGCAAUAUUUUCAUACGUUCUUUUUCCGUAGUGAGAGAGAGAGAGAGAAGGAAAACUUUUUUUUUAUACAUCAACUGUGAUUGUCCUUAAAUGAAAAUAUUUACCGUGUUAAAGAGUGGAAAAGAAGAAUAUUUAAAAUUUUGUCCUAAACAUUCUCUAUAAAUAUUGUAUCUAGAAUUAUAAUUAUAAUUGAUAUCUAAUAGUUAUUUAAUAUAUGCUGACGAUUUAAUGAUUUUCAUCAAAAAAAUACACAAAAAAGAAAGAUCCAUGAAAUCCAGAAAACUUAAGCAGUUGUUAGUGAAGAAAAUCCUUGAAAAAAUGACAAAACUUUAAUAGCGCGUUCUGCUCUGAUAUUUUUAAGUGCUGAUAAGAGAUUGUUUAAAAUCACAAUUUAAUGACGCGGAGCUCCUUAAGCUACAAAUGUUGAGAAAUGUUGUUUUCCCAUCGUUUCCAGUCUUGUAACAUUUUCCAAAGUAGAUUGUGCACCAAUAUUUUACUCAAUUGAAACAUAGAAAACUUAACACAGAGA